AUGGGGAUCAAAUUGAAGCAAGGGUCAUUUCUGUGGUACCUCUAUCUGGACAAAAUCUAUUGCUUAUUGUCUUUAAGAAAUGUGAAGGCCUUGGUGGAGUAUUUUCACAUUCUUGAUGCACACCACAGGGACACCUUAAAUGAUGUGCUGUUCUAUCACUUCCUCCAUCACGUAACCAACCUGAAAUCGAGACAGAUCAAGAUUGUGUUCGACAUGAUGGACUGGAUGUGUGUGGGGGAGAUUGGCUUUGACCAGUUCUACGUGUUGAUUUGUAUACUGCUGUCACACCAGAACCACUUGGAAGAACAGUUCAUGUAUCGUCAUUCCCGGCCUGUUUUUGACCUGCUGGACUUGGAUGGGGAACUGAAUAUUGAUGCAACUAACUUCCACAUGUACAGAUUUCUAUUCAGUCUCAAGAAACAGGAACUCAGAGAUCUCUUCCACGACUUUGACAUCACAGGUGACCGUCGUCUUAAUUACAAGGAAUUUAAGUUGUAUACUAUUUUCUCCACUGACAAGUCCCGGGAGACACAGAAAGUAGUGGAAGAGGAAGAAGAGAAAGAAUCUGAGAAGCUCCUGGAACACAAGUCCUGGCGCCUCAGUGUCCGCGUGGAGCAUGGGUCCUGA